UGGAGGAAAUGUUGCCUCUUCCAAUGAAAUUUUUCCCUUCUGUAGCUAGCCCCAGCCUGCUGCAGCUCACCUCUGAACUCAUGCAUGUUACAUGUUAAGUUUUAGGUUUUGUUCUUCAGAUCAUAUGGCGUAAGCGUCAACAAUGGCUCAGCAGACCCCAGACCAGAGGGAUGACAUCUGUGUCGACCAUGAGGAACACUAGAGACUGAGCGACAGAACAACAUCCACAGAGAUUCAAAAAUACAUCAUACAGUUGAAACAGUUGCACCUGACCAUGGCUAUAACUGCAGCCAAGACAACUACGAGUUUUGUCUCCACAGCUGCCACAACCACCACAAUCCCUUUCCUCUCAAUGGGCACCAGCGCCAGAGACAAUAUCACCUCCAGAACAACAUUAAUGACUGUUACUAUAACAACAAACGAGACCAGCUUCAAUGCCACCACCUUUCCAGAAGCAGUGAUUGAGGGCUCGGGAAUGGGAAUGGUGCUUGUCCCCUUUGGCAUCAUCACCGUCAUCGGCUUAGCAGUGGCAAUAAUGCUCUAUAUCCGGAAACGGAAGCGGCUGGAGAAGCUGAGGCACCAGCUCAUGCCCAUGUACAACUUUGACCCGGCGGAAGAACAAGAUGACCUGCUGGAACAGGAACUACUGGACCAUGGUCGGGAAGGCAGCCUCACGGGUCCCAAUGCCAAGACUCUCACAACAUCCCAGGGGACCACGCAGAGGCCCAGUCGUCUGGUCUUCACAGAUGUAGCCAAAGCUCUCAACGCUUAACAGUUCUCUUCCAUUAGUUUAUUUCAGUUUGCGGGGGCCACUGGCUUCAUCGAGAUAUAGACUGUUGCUCAGGAAGGAAAACAAAGGGAAAACUGGACUGUUUUUGGGAACAACUGGAGCUUUGGUGAAUGUUUUUAUCACCAGGACUUUGUACGUGUGAAGGCAGUGGUUUUCAAAUUAUCAGAAAAAAAGUAGGGUGCAUGUAUAAGGGAGCAUAACGGGAAGCAUCACAUAUGAUCUUGCACUGUUAUCAUUUGGCGCACAAAAUGCAGUGUGAUGCACUUUUCUUAAAAUCAUGUUGUGUCAUUGUUGUUAAAAUGUUCGGUAGCUUGUCAGUGAAGUUCUUCAGAGCUUUGAUAUCUACUUCCAUGUUUGAUAUGAGAGGAGUGUAAAUUUGUGUUAUACUGAUUUUGUGGUCUUACGUCUCUGACAAGCUUGAACACUGGAUGUGUUAGCAUCCUUAAGUGAACUGUCCCUCUUCAUUUUGUUUCUUCUUUAUUGAGUAAUGAAGGAUUGAUUCUGUCUAUAUACAU